AUGAUGAAAUUAAGAAUGUUGACAUGUAACCACCCAGUUCCUCCGGAUCGGUACAACGAUAGGGUGGAGGAGCAUUUACGAAUUACUGGGUUCUAUCAUGUGUCUCAGAUUGGGAUAGUUCAGUGUCAGAAAGCAUUGGUAAAUGCUCUAAUCGAACGUUGGCACCCAGACACACAUACGUUUCACCUUCCCAUUGGUGAAUGUUCUGUGACUCUUGAAGAUGUGUCUCUACUACUUGGUCUUCCCACAGAUGGUCUUCCAAUCACAGGAAUGACAAUGAGUAGUUUUGAAGCCAUGGAGGCGGAGUGUCUGCUUCAAUUUGGGGUUGCACCUCGUAGAGAGGACUGUAGAUCAAGCUGCAUAAAACUGACAUGGCUCCGGAAUCUAAAAGAGAAUUUAAAAUUGAAUGAUGAAAUCAGUAUACAAAGUCAUGUGGACUAUGUAAUGUUGUCUCAUAAUAGGCUAAUAUGCUACAUUAGAUAUUUGAAUAUUAAUGUAUUAACCAUCGUAUGUGAGGUGUCAAAUUAUGUUGCUGAUUGGGACGAUACUGUUUGGGGAUAA